GACCUGUCAUUCACCAUGACCUUGUUGGUCCAAGGACUGUGCCAAUAAGUCGGACGGUGAGCUCAAGACAGGACUGUUCCCGCUCAGUCUGAGGGAAUCUGCCACAUUUUCAGCACAAAAAUCAUGUCAGGAUUGCUGAAGCAUCGGCCCAGUUCAAACUCUUCAGAGAAUUUACGUCUCUCCGUCAAUGAGAACAUUCUCAGAGAAUGCCACUUGCUUUACACGGACUCAAGUCAGGGACUGGUGGGGAUCGCCAAGCAGCUGGGCCUCAGACUCUUGGCUCCAAGGAAGAAGAUCACAGUGAUGCUGAUGGGCAAUCAUUCAGCUGGGAAGAGCUCCUUCAUCAAUUGGUACAUUGAAGAACAUAUACAGAAAACAGGAGUUGCAACCGAGACACAGGGAUUUACGUUUGUCACCAGUGGAAAGAAAAGGGAGUCACUCCUGGGUAAUGCUACAUUGCAUGUCUACCCGCAAUUCCAAGGUCUCGAAAAAAUCGAAGGAGUGACAGACUACCUUUCGACCGAGAUCAGCACCUCAAAGCAGAAAAUGUUUUUCUUGGUGACUUUCAUAGAUACCCCAGGCCUUGUGGAUGGAGACAUGUCGUACGAAUUUGAUGUGGAUAAGGCGCUGAUCUGGCUGGGUGAACAGGCCGAUCUGAUCCUUGUUUUCUUUGAUCCAAUGGGACAAGCCUUGUGUAAACGGACCCUGGAUGUUGUAGAAAAGAUAAACGAGACACACGGUGAGAAACUGAGAUUCUAUCUUAGCAAAGCUGAUGAGGCUGGGCACGAAAGUGACAGACAGCGCGUAAUGAUGCAAAUAGUGCAAGAACUGUGCAAAAGACCCGGACUCAACAAAUGUGGCUUUGACAUGCCAACAAUUUACAUCCCAGAUCCAAACAAGCCGGCUCCUUGCAUGAAUCGAAUCCAAGAAGUCUGUACAACAAUCGAAAAAACCAUCAACAAAACAGUCCAGAAUACUUUGAACCAACUCGGGAAAGACUGUGAAUUGAUCAUCAACACAGCCGAGUGUAAACUGCGGGAGAGCAGUGAGCAGGCUUCCAGGAACAGGAGGGCAUGGAUCAAAUAUAUGUUUUUCAGUGCCUUGGUUUACCUGGCUCCAUUAUCACUGCUGACAUAUUUCAUCAUCUCAGAAACAUCAAGAGAAAAUCUCGCAGAUAUCAUCGGCGAUGACGCGGCAAAAAUUUUACUCAUCUGGGCGUGGUGCGUUUCUACGAUCUGGAACUGGCUAACUGGAGGAAGUUACCUCCUGGCUACCAUCAUGAUGAUCGGUUUCAUGUUUGUCUCAAUGUUGCUUGCAAAGUGUUGCAACUGCACAAAACUGACCCUAUCAAGGAAGGAGAGAAAGCAACUUCGAGCAAAAUGCAAUUAUGUUCAACAUGUUGUGGUUGAGAGAAAGGAACGUCUUUAUGAGAUGUAUCUCCAACAGUGCAUAUCGGAACAGGAGAUAUGUUAAAACAGCAACGGACUUAUGCUGGAACUGGCAUAACAUGAUGCAAGUUCUACCUCCAUACUUCAGUGCAAAUAUGCUGAAAAUGCAAAUAUAAACUUGUUGACAUUGGACAGAAACCAAACAUACAGGCCAGUCACAUCGACUUGACUGUUCCAUGCACUAUUGCCAGAUUUACCUUACUGUGUGCAGAAGGAUCAUAACAUCUGACCCUUCUCUGUCUGCAUUAUCAAGCAUUUCCACGUAUUUCAUCAUUCUGUUUGAAUGAUGGACAUCACUUUACCCUUCACCUCUGAAAGAUGACCCUCGCCUAUCACAGCUUCUAUCACAAAUUUUAGAAAAUACAAUUCUUUCGCACUAUUUUGUAACUUAAUAGCCCCCUCCGUGACAAAGAUGUGGACUGCAAUCAC